GCCGUACUGUAGCCAACAUAAUGAGAGAGCUGUGCAGUUUACUAGAGUCUGGGAGUCUAGGUUGAAAACUGGCAAGCUGAAAUCUGGGACAUUGAAAUAUUCAGCAGGCAGGUUAAAAUAUCUGCAAUGUAGGUCCUGCAUAAUGGCAGACUGUAUGCUAAUUUUGCCUUCUGGAAAUGAUGACUGAUACUGAUUCACAUUGCUGCUGGCCACCAGAGCUACUGCUAGUCAAGCUACACAUGUUGAUUCCCAUAUUCAAGAGGAUAGUGUGUAAGGAGGGGGACAGCUUAGUGACUGACUAUAGGCAGUGGUAUAAGUAUGAUACAACAGACAUCGAGUGUGCUACCAAAUAGUUAUACCAGUUCUGAAAAGGGACAGGUUAACCACAACCCAUGGACACCUCUGGCCAUACAUUAUUGACAUCAGUGUAUCUAGUGCUUUACUAGUUUGUGUUGCAAUUCCCAUGCAGGUACUGCAUACCACCUGAAAGCCUUCAGUGCAGUCAGUACUAAGAAAGGUGACAGUGUGCGUCUGCUGAGGAUUUCAGGAACUGGGUCAUUUUUAUAUUUAUUUGUAUGUGUCUGGAAUUGAGAUUCUGUCUGGGGACAAGGAAUACUGCAGCUAAGAUGCGAGAUGCUGUGUAUUGAAGAUAUUUCACAAAAUUUCUAGUAAUGGCAUAUAACAUGAAUGGGCCACCAUUGAACGGACCUCUGUAUAGGACAGAUAUGUACAAGGAGCCUAAUCCUCCCCCACCUCACCCUCCUCCUCAGUCUACAUUCCUUGGGAGUGGAGGCAGCAUGCUGAUGAACAGUGUUCCCAAUAACAUUAUGAACAAUGUUCCUAAUAAUAUGAUGAACCACCAUGCUAUGAAUUCUGACCCUUUCUAUUCGUCCCCAAUAUCUGCAUAUUACAGGAGGCACACACCGUACAUGGGCCAGCCAGAGUACAGAAUCUAUGAACUUAAUAAGAGAUUACAGAUGAGAACAGAGGAAAGUGAAAACUUGUGGUGGGAUGCAUUUGCUACAGAAUUUUUUGAAGAUGAUGCAACUCUCACAUUAUCUUUUUGUUUGGAAGAUGGACCAAAGAGAUACACAAUAGGAAGAGUGCUCAUCCCUCGGUACUUCCGCAGCAUAUUUGAAGGUGGUGUGACAGAUCUGUACUUUAUCCUCAAGCAUUCUAAAGAAUCAUUCCAUAACACAUCUAUAACUCUGGAUUGUGAUCAGGCUAUGAUGGUCACACACCAUGGAAAGCCUAUGUUUACAAAGGUGAUAACAGAAGGUCGCUUAAUUCUUGAGUUCACAUUUGAUGACAUGAUGAGAAUCCGCUCAUGGCACUUUCAAAUAAGGCAGCACAGGGAGCUGAUACCUCGCAGUGUGAUUGCUAUGCAGCAAGAUCCAGCUAUGGUAGAGCAGUUGUCAAAGAACAUCACUCGGCAGGGACUCACUAACUACACUCUAAACUUCCUCAGGCUGUGUGUGAUUCUAGAACCAAUGCAGGAGCUGAUGUCCAGACACAAGGCCUAUGGAUUAAAUCCAAGAGACUGUCUCAAAACGACGCUGUUUCAGAAGUGGCAGCGAAUGGUGGCCCCUCCAGGCAACACAAACAAUGUAGGUGGUAAAAGAUCUGCAAAAUUUGGUGACACCAAUCGACAGACACAAAAACGAAGAAAAAGGAAAGGUUCUGCCAGUACCAAUUCUUCUGUAAAUAGUGGAAACAACCCCCAAAGCACUACGCCUCCAGCCAGCAAGAAGAACCGUUCACCAGCUCCACAAGGAUUUAAUAUGGGAGCGACGGAUGUGAUGGUUGUGGGUGAACCUACACUGAUGGGAGGUGAAUUUGGAGAUGAGGAUGAAAGGCUGAUCACCCGUCUUGAAAAUCAGCAGUUUGAACCAAAUAGUGGUGAAGAAAACACAGAACAGCAGCAGUCACAGCAAUCCAGCCAGCAGCAACAGUUUCAGAACUCCCCGGGGAUGCAGCACAGCCCCUGGGGUCAGGGUGCCAUGAAGAAAUCUCCACAGACUCCUGCCAGUAGUGCAGGGGACACAAAGCCAGGAUCAAAUUAGUUGUUGCUACCAAAUGUUGUGUGAAGGAACACUGUCUUGUUUAUAGUUUCUUCCCUAUUUCCCCUUCCCUGUUAUUAUUUAGAAAUAUUUUAUGUAUAGUUGUACAAAAGAACUCGAGUUUGUUCAAAAUUAUUUACUGGUAUUUUGAUUGUGACCCAAAACUGCUGCAUGCUCCAUCUUAUAUUCAUACAGGACAAACAGAUUUUCUUUGAGUAUCCUGUUGAAUUUAACAUGUAUUUCCUUUAAAUAAUAUUUGAUACAUUUGAUAUAACCACUUUCAGAUCAAUUCAAUGCAAUUUAAGGUCACUUUCAGAUUAGUUGAAUGCAAUUAUUAGACCAUUUUAUGUCACCCAAUUGCAGCAUACCUAAUAGAUUGUUCUGAAAGAGAAACAGCAUCAUCAAGCAUGGGAAACCUGCUCUAAAUAUACAUCCUUACAACAUAAAGAUAUGUAGGAAAAAAGAUUUGUUAAUAAAUGAUAUAAUGAAUGUUGUACUUCUUGUAUAAUUGUAUUUAUUUAUGUUGGAAAAGCUUGCAUGCAUUUU